UUUUAUUAUUUUUUUUUUUUAUUUUGUCAUUUAUAUCAUGUCUAUGUAUGAAAAGGAUGACUUUUAUGGGAAAUAUAAUAGUCCCUCAGCACCACCAUUACCACCACCUCAUCACGAUAGUUCUCCAGCAUAUUCAUCACCACCACCUCAUGGAUACCCAGCCAGUCCGUUCGAUAACAAUAAUAAACGACAUUCUUUGGAAGAUCCUGAUAUGUACCAUCAAGUACCUAUGAUGGGAGGAUAUCAACAUCCUCGAAAUAGUAUGUCAGAUAUGAAAUUGACAAGUGCAACUGAUACACCGGCAGGAUAUCAUCAUCAUCAUCAAUAUGAUACCGACGAUGAAGAAGAAGAAAGUGGAUUGACGAUUCCCAAGGAACGACGUAAACGAAGUUGUUUGGAUAAAGUAUGUUGUGGAUGUUGUGUAUGUUGUCCUCGAUGGGCACGUUACUGUUCCUGCAUCCUUCUUUUGAUACUGAUUGCUGUAGGGAUUGUGGUGGGUGUAUUGGCCGCGUUAUUCAAGAUGCCUCAAGUGAACAUGAGUGGACUAGACAGUGCUCCAACGGUGAAUGUAACGGAUGGCCAUUUGAUCAACAUGGCAUUCCAAUUACAAGUCUCGGUGAAUAACCCAAACGUAGAAGGCAUUACGUUCGAUACCAUUGUGGCCAAGGCAUAUUAUCCUCAACAUCAUGAUAUCCAAUUGGGUGGGGGCGAAAAGGAUCAAGUCGUCAUUGCCAAGAAUGCUGUCACCAAUUUCACCUUUCCCUUUGAUCUGGCUAUCGAUAUGGCCAAUCCUUCCUAUCAAGCCAUUCUUCAAGAUCUCUUUAGCAAAUGUGGUGUCGAUGGUUCUCAAAAACAACAAAUUAAAAUUGAUUACGAUGUCAUUCCUACUGUCAAGUUUGGUCUCAUUCCUAUUUCUAUCACCAUCUCCAAUUCUGCAAGCUUUGAUUGUCCUGAUGUUCUUACUCAUUUAGGUGGUUUGGCUUCCUCCAUCUCUUCACAAACUUCUGCUGGCAUUUCUUGAUUUUUUUUUUUUUGGUAAAAUCUACCUCUUAUAUAGUUAUUAUUAUUUCUUACUUUUUAUAGUUUAGAUACGUGUAUAUAUGUGUAUCAUUCAUUUUUCUGUUGAUUCUCUUGUACAAAUAAAAUUUCUUUUUUUUUUUUAUGAUAACGUUGACAAUAAUUGAAAAAUGAUGAUGAAUAUCAUUAUCUAUAAAAAGGUUGCCAAGAAAC